GGAUAUACGGCGUUUUUUUCACUGGGCUAUACAGUAAGAUACAUAUUUCGCCGCCACGGCUUCCUUUCGUUUGCGUUUCAUGUUACGGAUCUGCGAGAGAAGGAUGAAGUUGCUUUUCGCCAUUGCGAUCAUCGCCGGUUCGGUGAUUUUUCUCCUUUUCCCCAGCGGAUCCGAAGCCGAGGAGAAAAAGAAAGGACCAAAAGUCACGGCCAAGGUUUACUUUGAUAUCAAAAUUGGAGACGAGGAUGCUGGCCGGAUUGUCAUUGGAUUAUUUGGGAAAACUGUCCCCAAGACUGUUGAAAACUUUGUCACACUGGCAACCGGAGAGAAAGGAUUUGGCUACAAAAACAGCAAGUUCCACCGCGUGAUCAAAGACUUCAUGAUUCAGGGAGGAGAUUUCACCAGAGGAGACGGCACUGGAGGAAAGAGCAUCUACGGGGACCGUUUCCCUGAUGAGAACUUCAAGCUGAAGCACCAUGGCCCGGGCUGGCUGAGCAUGGCCAAUGCUGGGAAGGACACCAAUGGAUCACAGUUCUUCAUCACCACCGUCCAGACACCCUGGCUGGAUGGGAAGCACGUGGUCUUUGGCAAGAUCCUGGAGGGGAUGGAUGUUGUGAGGAAAAUCGAAGGCACCAAGACAGACGGCAGGGAUAAGCCUCUCAAGGACGUCACCAUCCACGACUGUGGCAAAAUUGAAGUGGAGAAGCCAUUUGCUGUUGCAAAGGAGUGAAUGUGGGGGGAAAUGGGAUUGUGGCUUUGGGGGGUUUUGCCAGUAUGGCGAAUUCUAGGCGGGUAUUUACCGAAGGGCUGUCACCACUAGCCCUGAGGCUCUGUAUGGGUUCCCCUGAUUGGACAACCCAGACUCUCCUCUGGAUUUGUGUGGCUGCUGUGCCUAUCCAAUGAGCACACUAAGUUAGUCCACUUUUUUAAAAAAAGGCAUUCAGAACUGUUGUCCAACCUUUUGUAAACAACUUCAAUAAAGGAUCAAGGUUGUU